AUGUCUGUCGCCAACCGAAGCCUGCGGACGCUGCGCAUCCAGAACCCGCAGCGCCUGGCCGCCCUCGCUGGUGCCGCCGCCCGCCCCUCGGCCUCCUUCGGCGCCGCUCGUUGCUCCGCUUCCCCAUCACUCUCCUCCUCCACGCGCACCUUCUCCUCCUCCGUCGCAAAGCAAUCUGGUGCGCCCGCCAUGGCUUCCUCCGCCCGCGAGUACGAUCCCGAGAUCAAGGACAUUGCCGACUAUGUCGCCAACAAGCCCAUUGACUCUGAGCUGGCCUUCGACACCGCUCGAUGGAUCCUCCUCGACACCCUCGGCUGCGGCCUCGAGGGCCUGAGGUUCAAGGAGUGCGCGAAGCUCCUGGGCCCCAUCGUCCCCGGCACCGUCGUGCCCAACGGCACCAAGGUCCCCGGCACGCCCUUCGUCCUGGACCCCGUCAACGGCGCCUUCAACAUCGGUGCCAUGAUCCGCUGGCUCGACUUCAACGACUGCUGGCUGGCCGCUGAGUGGGGCCACCCUUCGGACAACCUGGGUGCCAUUCUCGCCGUUGCCGACUGGGUCAACCGCACCAACAAGGCUGGCGGCAACCUGGCCGGUGGCAAGGUCUUCACCGUCAAGGACGUGCUCGAGGCCAUGAUCAAGGCCCACGAGAUCCAGGGCUGCCUGGCCCUGCUCAACUCCUUCAACAAGGUCGGCCUCGACCACGUCGUCCUCGUCAAGGUCGCCUCCACCGCCGUCGUCUCCAAGAUGCUCGGCCUCAGCGAGAAGCAGAUCGCCGACGCCGUCACCCAGGCCUGGGUCGACGGUCAGUCCCUGCGCACCUACCGCCACUCCCCCAACACCAUGUCCCGCAAGUCGUGGGCUGCCGGUGACGCCUGCCAGCGCGCCGUCAACCUGGCCCUCAAGGUCAUGAAGGGCGAGCAGGGUGUCCCCACCGUCCUCUCCGCCCCCACCUGGGGCUUCUACGACGUGCUCUUCAAGGGCAAGAAGUUCGAGUUCCAGCGCCCCUACGGCAGCUACGUCAUGGAGAACGUCCUCUUCAAGGUCUCGUACCCGGCCGAGUUCCACUCGCAGACCGCCGUCGAGGCCUCGGAGAAGAUCUACCACCAGCUCAAGGCCAUGGGCAAGUCGGCCGCCGACAUCAAGGCCGUCACCUGCCGCACGCACGAGGCUUGCAUCCGCAUCAUCGACAAGCAGUUCAAGCCCAUGGACAACUUUGCCGACCGCGACCACUGCAUCCAGUACAUGUGCUCUGUCAUGCUGACGUUCGGCCGCCUCGAGGCCACCGACUACACUGACGGCGGCGAGGCCGCUACCUCGGAGCUCGUUGAGUCCCUGCGCAAGAAGAUCAAGUGCGUCGAGGACCCGCAGUACACCCAGGACUACCACGACCCCAAGCUCCGCACCAUCUCCAACGCCCUGACCGUCGAGCUCAACGACGGCACCGUCCUCGACGAGGUCGCCGUCGAGGCUCCCCUCGGCCACCGCCUGCGCCGCGACGAGGCUAAGCCCGUCAUCCUGGCCAAGUACAAGCGUCACCUCGGCCCCCACCUGCCCGAGGCCCGCGUCAAGGAGCUCGUCGAGCUCAGCCAGGACAGCAAGAAGCUCGAGUCCAUGUCCGUGGACGAGUACGUCGACCUGUACACUGUCAAGGAGAGCAAGUUUCUGUAA